UUAAUAUUCUUAUAAAUUUUUUGCCGUUAAUUCUUGUAUUUGUUGUAGUGAUUUGAUUUUGACGAAAUUUUAUUCCUUGGAAAAAAUAUUUGAUGACGGGUGAUAGGGGAGAAGUUGUUGGGCAGCUGGACAAGAUUUGUUGUGAUCAUAUGGUUUUUUGUGGUGCUAAUCAUAUCCCAAAGCUACACUGCUAGUUUAGCUUCAAUGUUAACAGUGAAGAGAAUGCAGCCUACCUUUGCUGAUGUUAAAGAGAUUCAAAGGAAUGGUCAUUUUGUAGGAUACCAAAGCAAUUCUUUUGUGAAGGAUUUCUUAAUAAAACAGCUGAACUUCAGUGAGUCCAAGUUGAAAAAUUAUAGCACCCCAGAAGAUUAUGCUGAAGCAUUGUCUCUUGGAAUCCACAAUGGUGGUGUUGCUGCUAUUUUUUAUGAAAUUCCUUACAUCAAACUCUUUUUGGCCAAAUUUUGCUCCAAAUUCCAAAUGGUGGGGCCAACCUACAAAACAGAUGGAUUUGGCUUUGCCUUUCCACUUGGGUCCCCAUUAGUGUCAAAUAUUUCAAGAGCAAUCUUGAUUGUGACUCAAGACAAAGGUAAAAUGGACAGAAUAGAGCGGAGUAACUUUCCUGACGAGAAUGCAUGUGAUGAUCAAAUUGCCCCAAACUCUUCAGGUAGUCUUAGUGUGACCAGCUUUGGGGGCUUGUUCAUCAUCACAGGACUUGCUUCCAUUUUUUCUCUAUUGAUUCAUAUCAUGAAGUUCAUUUGGUUUCAUUGGCCUAUUUCAAACACCACCCACCACCCAGAAGGAAUAUCUUUUUGGUUAAGAAUUCUUGAGUUGGCAAAGCAUUUUGACCAGAAAGAUCCCUCUGUUCAUCAUGAUUCUAGAGUUCAUCCCACAACAAGUCCUGCAGCUACAAGUGUUGGAGCUUCACCUGAUCAUAAUUUUGAUGACCAUACACAUAAUCUUUCCAGGAUCCCUUCCCAAGGAGCUGAGGUUGUUGCUAGAUAUCAGGACAAUCAGAAUGAAACGACAGCUACAAUCCCCCCUAACUCACCAUAGAAAAUUACUUUUAUGUUUAUACUAAUGGCAAUUAAAGGGGUAAGAUUUUCGAUAUUUUUCUUUCCUUUGAU